UAUAUACAUACAUACUUACAUACAUAUAUAAUAUAUACUACGGCUAUGGUGGUAUCAAGAAACGAGGGAGAAUAAAAUAGCUGCAUGAUAUUAAUCAGACUACUGCUUUGGGAAUAGUGCAACUGGUUUCUAAAUCAUACAUUCUUACUAUCGACUGACAAAGAAUUAUCUCUUUGAAUACAAAAACAAAAACAAAAAAAAACAAAAAAAAAACAUAGAAGAAAAGGGAAACAAAUUUAUACACAAAAAUUGCCAGGGUGGAAUUCUGUUAUUUAUGCCUUUUCGUUUGUUUGCUCUGAACAACCAACAUAGUAAAAACAAAAUCCAUACACAGGAUUUCUUUACGGCGAGAGAACUAAGACUGUCGAAAAGAAACGAUAUCUAAUUUCUGAAUAUAAACAAAACAACGAAAGGUAGAAAUAACGGUUCGAUUCGUGAUGCGCAUUAUCUUUAAGAACACGAGCCAUUCAAAGAUAUAUCUCAAAAAUGAUUAUUCGUGGGUUGACGAUAAGUAAAAAAGCGAAACAAAAACAAAAAAAUAUUCGUCAUCGGUAAAACUCUAAACGAUGUAUAUAUUUAAGAAAACCAAUCAAAGAAUACAAUUAAGUAAUACAAAAUAAAUGUUUAUUUAAAUUUAGAAGAAAAAAAAACGUAUAAAACCAUUAAAGGAAUUUCUUAGUUUUCGAAAUAAGACGCAUAUUAAAAGAAUACGUACAUCCAUUUAUUUCUAUGUCAUAAAAAGAAAUAUAGUAUAUAUAUAUAGAUUAUCUAUCUAUCUAUCUAUCUAUCUAUCUAUCUACACACACAAACAUACACACACAUACACACACAUAUACACACACAUAUAUAUAUACAUUAAAAUACAGUUUCUUCGUGACGCAAAGAAACUGGAUCAAGGCAGCUGUUGCCAAAAAGAGGACAGUCUUAUGAAAAAGAGGUGACGAAGAAAAUGACAACAUUAACGCAAAGCAAGAAAUGUCAACUCGACGUGGAUUCUUUAAUAGAACAACUUCUGGCUGCCAAAAAUCUUCCGUCUAAGCAGGUUCAGCUACCAGAGCACCAAAUCCGACAACUAUGCAUGGCUUCAAGAGCUAUUUUCUUGGAGCAACCUAUGUUACUAGAACUUGGUGCUCCAGUCAAUGUUAUUGGAGAUAUUCACGGACAGUAUGAAGACCUUCUACGGCAUUUCGAUAACUGUGGCUACCCUCCUAAAGCAAACUAUAUCUUCCUCGGGGAUUACGUCGAUCGAGGGUGUCAUUCACUAGAGACCAUUUGUCUCGUACUAGCCUAUAAAGUGAAAUACCCACAGAAUUUCUUUCUUCUACGAGGGAAUCAUGAAUGUGCUUCAAUCAACAGAAUUUAUGGUUUUUACGACGAAUGCAAGCGGAGAUAUAAUAUAAAAUUAUGGAAAACUUUUACAGAAUGUUUUAACUGUUUGCCAAUAGCUGCGCUUAUUGAAGGAACUAUUUUAUGUAUGCAUGGAGGAUUAUCGCCAGAUUUGAUUGACUUGAACCAGAUCCGAGAAAUAGAAAGGCCCCUUGAUGUUCCAGAUCAUGGUUUAGUUUGUGAUCUUCUUUGGUCAGAUCCUGAUGAGGAUAUCGCUGGUUGGGGUGAGAAUGAUCGCGGAGUUUCCUUUACCUUUGGAGGAGAUGUUGUUCGGGAAUAUUUAAAGAAGCUGGAUUGCAGUUUAAUGGUUCGUGCGCACCAGGUUGUGGAAGAUGGAUAUCAAUUCUUUGAAAAGAGGAAGUUAGUAACCUUAUUCAGUGCCCCGAACUACUGUGGCGAGUUUGACAAUGCAGCAGCAGUGCUCAUUAUUGAUGCAGAUCUUACCUGUUCAUUCAAGAUAUUGCCACCUACCAAAGGAAAAACAUAUUUUGUAGACCAGAAAAGCAAGAAGUAGUAUAAUUUAAUAAUAAUGAUCUAUAUUAUGCAAGGUAGUACCUUAAAACAUACCCACACAGUCCAAAAUGGAACCUCCCAAAAAACAGCACCGAAUCCCUGCUCACCUGGUGAAACCAAAAACAGGACUAUUCUUUACAACUUUUUUCAGUUAUUUUACUUUAUACUUAUUUUUAUCCUCCAACCCAAAACCUCAUUACAUAUUUUUACACUUUGCUGUUGUUAUUUGUUUGUGUGUUCUUUUCUAAUAAAUAUUUUUAUCUUUUUUCUUAACAUACAUAUGCAGCCACAUUAUUUUACAUAAUGAUUUUAUAUCUAUUUCACCACACCAUCAUUGUUAUUGUGCUAAAUCCACUCCCUCCUUCCCAUACACACACAUACAGACACACACAAGCACACAUACACACACAAACGUAUGUAUGUAUACAUACUUAUAUUCUAUAUUUUGCGUUAACAAUGCUGCAAAUAGUUUCACAUGGAAAGACUGCAAUUUUUGAAGUGUUCAUCUUAAGAAUGUUGGUAAUCACCCAGCAUGUUGGGUGAGACUACCAUCCACUGGUAGCAAUGUUAAUCAACUAAUAAAGAAUACAGUUUACACCAAAAGUGGUACUGAAGACUCAUUUCUCACUGAUCACCAUUAUUGUAUAAGUACAUAUGUAUAAAUUCAUACAUACAUACAUACAUACAUACAUACAAACAUAUAUGUAUGUGUAUGUAAGUAUGUAUGUAUGCAUGUAUGUAUGUAUACAUACACACAUGCACAUAGACAUACAUACACAUGCUCAUAUAUAUACAUAUAUAUAUGUAUAUGUUUAUAUAUAUAUGUAUAUAUAUGUAUAUAUAUGUGUGCAUAUGUAUAUAUAUGUAUAUAUAUAUAUGCAUAUGUAUAUAUAUACACAUCCACAUAUAUACAAGUAUAUGCAUACAUGCAUAUAUACAUACAUAAACGCAUAUAUGCACUCAUAUAUACAUAUAUAUAUUUGUGUAUAAAUAUACAUGUGUCUACAUAUAUAUGUGUACUUGUAUAUAUAUAUAUAUAUAUGUAUAUAUAAUACAAAGUAAAGUUGGGGUUACUGCACGAGUAAAGAUAUAAGGAAAAGUAUCUGAAAAUGCAGGGGUCUUUUAAAAGUAUUUUUUUAAGUAAACCGGCUUCACUUAAUUAAAAAGAUUUUCAAAAGUAAAGUGUGAGAUUUUGUCUAUCCUCUGUGGUGUCAAAAAUUAGUUUGCAAAAAUGUAUUCUAAUCAAGUGAUAGAGUCUUUGACAAUGGUAAGAAAAGUUUUGAGGCAUUUUGUAUGCUCUGUGAUGAGUCAAAUCAUAGUUUAAAUAAAAACAAUCAAAUCAGGUAAUAAAAUUUCUUUUAUAAUGAUAAGAAGAAAAAAUUAGUUUACAUGAAUAUAUCUUUAUCAUGUAAUAGAGUCUUUGAUAAGGAGAUAAAAUAUGUGUAUCCUCUGUGAUGAGUCAAGAAAUAAUCUACAUAAAAACAUUCAGAUCAGGUAAUGAAAUUUUUUUUAUAAUGAUAAGAAAAUGAAAAUUAGUGUAUAUGAAUAUAUCCCGAUCAAGUAAAAGAGUCUUUGUCAAGAAGAUGAAAUAUGUAACUGACCAUUUAAAGUUUUCGGUUUUGGCUUCUCAGGGUCUUGUAUCUGGCUGGAGUUUUGCUGCUAUAAACAGAGUUGCAAUUCUUCUGUAUAAAAUCUUCCUCUUUUCCGAAAAUGAUAAAUGUUGUGACCAUCAGCCAUCCGCACUGUUUUUACACCUGAAAAUGAAUACUGGAUGACAAUGGCAUUUAAGCGAUAUAUUAUUAACAUACAUCAUUUUGGAUAAAAGGAAGAUUUUAUACAGAAUAAUUGUAACUCUGUUUAUAACUGCAAAACUCCAGCCAGAUGCAAGACCCUUAGAAACCAGAUCCGAGAACUUUAAAUGGUAUGUAACAUAUAUUAUCUCCUUGUGAAAGACUCUAUUACUUGAUUGAGAUAUGUUCAUGUAAACUAAUUUUUUCUUUUUAUCGUUAUACAAAAAUUUUAUUACCUGAUCUGAAUGUAUUUAUGUAAACUAUUUUUUGUCUCAUCACAGAGGAUACACAAAGCCUCAAACAUUUUUUUUUCAUUUGAUUUGAAUACAUUUUUGUAAACUAAUUUUUGACACCACAGAGGAUACACAAAAUCUCACACUUUAUUUUUGAAAAUCAUUUUCAUUAAGUGAAACCGGUUAAGUUAAUAAAUACUUUUAAAAGACUCCUGCAUUUUCAGAUUCUUUUCGUUAUGUAUAUAAUAUACAUACAUAAUAUAUGCAUACAUACAUACAUACAUACAUACAUAUACAUACAUAUAUAUAUAUUCAUACAUAUAUAUACAUGUAUAUAUAUAUAUAUAUAUAUAUAUAUAUAUAUAUAUAUAUAUAUAUAUAUAUAUAUAUAUAUAUAUAUAUAUGUGUGUGUGUGUGUGUGUACAUAUAUAUGCAUACAUACAUACAUACAUACAUACAUACAUACAUACAUACAUAUAUACAUACAUACAUAUCAGUGAGGAAAAAGGAAAAUAUUGAAUUUCCAAAGACGAAAGACUGUUGUUUGUUAAAGUUUUCUGUUUUCAAAUCAAGUUAAUAUAUGAAUAUAAUUUUAAUAAAGAUGAUUGUUAAAUUUUCAGUCACAAAACUUUUCCAUCAGACACAUGCAACAACAUGCCUAUGCUUUUGUGUGUGUACACGUUUGUGUCUAUGUAUAUGUGUUGCGUGCAUGUCUGUAUGUAUGCAUAGAUACUUAUAUGUCUGUGUACUUAUGUAUAUGCUUUUAUAUGUAUGUCCGCACGCUUGUAUGAAUAUAUGUAAAGUACCAUGUAUCUUUACUAACAUUUGUGCUUGCAUUGAAAAAUAUAGUGUAGUUCUUUCUUU